CGGAGAGCACGCGACGCGGGUGUCAUGGCGACUCCCAGGCUUAGUUCAUUCCGCAGCCCAAGGCCGUUCGGUUUGGCCGGCCUGUUCCGUCGCCGGCCGCCACGGGACGUGUGGGACCGUGUGCGGCGGCUCCCGGGGCCCUCGGCGGUUCGGCGAAGCGUGGCGGCGGCCAGCGGACCCGGCAUCCCGGGUUCCGACCACUACUGCCUGGAGCUGCUGAGGAAGCGGGAUUAUGAAAGUUACUUGUGUUCCCUGCUGUUCCCUGCAGAAUGCCGAAGUUCUGUGUCUGCACUCAGGGCCUUCAACGUGGAGCUGGCUCAGGUUAAGGACUCGGUCUCUGAGAAAGCAAUUGGACUGAUGCGGAUGCAGUUCUGGAGAAAAGCUGUGGAGGACAUAUACCGCAACAACCCGCCACACCAGCCUGUGGCCGCGGAACUCUGGAAGGCUGUCAAGAGACAUAAUUUAACUAAAAGAUGGCUUAUGAGAAUCAUUGAUGAAAGAGAAAAAAAUCUGGAUGACAAAGCGUAUCGUAGUAUCCAGGAGCUUGAGAAUUAUGCCGAGAACACACAGAGCUCUCUUCUUUACCUGACACUGGAGGUGCUGGGCGUGAAGGAUCUUCAUGCAGACCAUGCUGCGAGCCAUAUUGGAAAGGCACAGGGCAUUGUCACAUGCUUGAGAGCAACACCCUAUCAUGGUAGCCGGAGAAAGGUGUUCCUGCCCAUGGAUGUCUGUGUGCAGCAUGGUGUUUCACAAGAGGACUUUCUACGGAGGAACCAUGAUAAAAAUGUGAGGGAUGUCAUAUAUGACAUUGCCAGCCAGGCACACUUGCACCUAAAGCAUGCCCUGGUCACGUCUUUAAACCGCUGCCGCUGCUUGGUGCUCACCCUCAGAGGAGACUGUUUCAGAAGCUUUCCAACCAACCUGUUUUCCUCCCUUCAAGGCGAGGUCCUUCCACAGAAACGUUCCUGCGGAGGCGUUUCCCGCCUUCCUUCAGACGGUUACUCUAGAGGACUAUUUAAAGAAAAUCCAGCGAGUGGAUUUUGAUAUAUUCCAUCCAUCUUUACAGCAGAAGAAUACAUUACUUCCGUUAUCUUUGUAUAUUCAAUCAUGGAGAAAAAGAUAUUAAAAUAAUUUCAUGUUACUAA